AGAGAUCAUGGGAGGCUGUUGACAUCCGAAAGGAAGGAAAAGGAAACCCAUUAGAGUAGCCUGAAAACACCGGUUGGUGCACAGUGACACGUCCGAAACAUGGCCGCCCACCGAAUAAGAGCCACCACCACCAACAACGCUUCUCUCCCACGCUGCAAGUCCGAGGGGACGCUCAUCGAUCUCAGCGACGGAGUGUCAGAAGCCAGUCUGACUGAUGUCAAAGUGCCUUCUCCCAGUGCCUUACGACUGGACUCCACUGCCUCCUUCGGCGCUGCCAGGGAAGUCGUUGCCAUCAAGGACUACUGCCCAUCCAGCUUCACCACCCUGAAGUUCUCUAAAGGAGACCGCCUCUACGUUCUGGACUCGUCAGGGGGAGAGUGGUGGUAUGCCCACAACAACACAGAGAUGGGUUACAUCCCUGCAGCGUACGUGCAGCCCAUCAACUACAGAGAUUCGUCCUUCAGCGACAGUGGGAUGAUUGACACUUUGGGAGACUGUAACGAGGAGGCAGCCAAAGAAAUGGACCUUCUAGGCGAGUGGGCGGGGGUGAUUCUGAAACCAACCACCUCCCAAAACGGAAAUCCUUUUGCAACAACCCAUACCUCUACAAACCCUUUCCUGAACGGAGGUCCUCAGAGCUCACUCGAUCAGAACAGUAAUGAGAAAUCAGUUGACCUCCUUCUGUUUGAUACGCUCACUCCAUCAGUGCCCAACUCCACCAGCAGCACCGCCAACAGCAAUGGUUUUGGCAGUGGCGUUUUUAACUUGAGCCCUCUGAGUCCCACUGUAGGGGUGGGCCAAACGCUGCGCAGGGACAACCCGUUUUUUAGAAGCAAACGUUCCUACAGUCUGUCUGAGCUGUCCAUCCUGCAGGCUCAGUCCGACGCCCCGCAGUCCUCUGGUUUCUUUGGAGGCCUGAAAGCACCGGCGCCAGAGCAGUUCCAGAGCAGGGAGGAUUUCCGGACAGCGUGGCUCACCCACCGCAAGAUAGCCAGGUCCUGCCAUGACCUGGACUCGCUGGGUCAGAACCCAGGUUGGGGCCAAACACAGCCGGUGGAGACCAACAUCGUCUGUCGGCUGGACAGCUCAGGAGGCGCUGUCCAGCUCCCAGACACCAACAUCAGCAUCCACAUACCCGAAGGCCACGUGGCCCCGGGGGACACCCAGCAGAUCUCAAUCAAAGCUCUGCUCGACCCGCCUCUAGAGCUCAACAACGACCGCUGCACCACCGUCAGCCCUGUGGUGGAGAUCAAACUCAGCAACAUGGAGACCAAAACCACCAUCACCCUGGAGAUGAAAGUGUCUGUCGUGGUGAAAAUGGAGAGCAGGCAGACGACGGAAGUCUUGUGUGUCAGGAGUGAUUGUAAAGAGGGCCCUUACACUCCCAUCCCUCAGGCGUAUAUGUAUGGGGACACAGUCCAGGUGUGCCUGGAUAACCUGGAACCGUGCAUGUAUGUGUGUGUUGUGGCUCAGUCCCAGUCCAUAUUUCCAGACUCCACAGUUUGGGAGCAUGUGGUUAAAAAGAUCACCUUAGGAGUAUACGGUCCCAAACAUAUUCACCCGUCCUUCAAGACAGUCGUGGCGAUGUUUGGCCACGAUUGUGCACCAAAGACAUUAUUGGUGAGUGAGGUAGGCAAACAGGUGCAGUCUGCACCAUCCGUAGUGCUGCAGCUUUGGGGUAAACACCAGUUUGUCUUAUCCAAACCCCAGGACCUCCGUGUUGGAGUUUACUCCAACAUGGCCAACUACGAGGUAAAAGCUAGUGACCAGGCCAGGGUCGUCCGGGGCUUCCAGGUCAAACUAGGCAAAGUCAGCCGGCUCGUCUACAUCAUUGCUUCGCGCAACUCUGAAGAUGUUUCUGAUUUCACCUUAAGGAUCCAGGUCAAAGACGACCAAGAUUGUAUACUGGCUCAGUUUUGUGUCCAGACGCCAACGCCACCACCCAAAGCAGGCCCAAAGACAUCAGUACAACGGCGCUUCCUGAAGAAGAAGGAAGUGGGCAAGAUAGUCUUGUCUCCUCUCGCCAUCGCCACCAAGUACCCUGCUUUUCAGGACAGGAAAAUAAAUAACCUGAAGUUUGGAAAAUUAAUCAAAACCGUCAUCCGACAAACAAAAAACCAGUACCUGCUCGAGUACAAGAAAGGAGACUUUGUAGCUCUGCUGAGCGAGGAGAAGAUCAAGCUGAAGGGCCAGCUGUGGACAAAAGAAUGGUACAUUGGAUACUAUCAGGGCAAAAUGGGAUUUGUUCAUGCGAAGAAUGUGCUAGUGGUCGGCAAAGUUAAGCCCAUUUAUUUCAGCGGGCCCGACCUUACGACUUCAUUGUUACUGGAGCAAAUUCUGAAGCCCUGCAAAUUCCUCACGUACAUUUACGCCUCGGUAAGAACUAUACUGAUGGAGAACAUCGGCAGCUGGCGAGCGUUUGCAGACGCCCUCGGCUACAUCAACCUGCCCUUGACCCACUUCUGUCGCUCAGAGCUGGACAGCGAGCCAGAGAGGGUCGCGUCAGUGCUGGAGAGGCUGAAGGAGGACUGCAACAAUGCAGAGGGCAAAGAGCGAAAGUCCUUCCAGAAAGAACUCCUGACGGCCCUGUUGAAGAUGGACUGUCAAGGUCUCGUUGCCAGACUGGUCAUGGACUUUGUCCUCCUGACCACGGCGGUGGAGGUGGCCGGACGCUGGAGGGAGCUGGCCGAGAGGCUCGCCAAGGUCUCACGGCAGCAGAUGGAUGCUUACGAGGCCCCGCAUCGCGACAAGAACGGGGUGGUGGACAGUGAGGCCAUGUGGAAGCCGGCGUAUGACUUCCUGGUCACGUGGGCCGCUCAGAUCGGCGACAGCUACAGGGACGUGAUCCAGGAGCUGCACAUGGGCUUAGACAAGAUGAAGAACCCCAUCACCAAACGAUGGAAGCACCUGACCGGCACGCUCAUCCUGGUCAACUGCCUGGACGCCCUGCGGAGCUCCGCCUUCAGCCCCGCCGCUCAGGAAGACUACGCCAUCUAAACUCUGCCCCUAGUGACUCCCUUGCCGAUCCCGCCGGUGUUUCGCCCGCACCGGCUCACCUCGCUCUCCUGGAGGAUUUGAGUUACAGUUUGAAAUGCUGCACAUCAGCUGUUUGCGCACUCUGAAUGCCACUACUGCUGUCGAAGCCUUCGCCUCGAGCCAAACUGCCACGCCCGUCUCCGCUGCCGCCGGCCAAACAACACAGUGCUGUUACGGAGCUCGCAGUAUUCACAAAGACUCUUUUAAUGGUUCCAGUCUCGCAUAGUUAUGUAUUUUUGUACCUUGUUAUGGCACAGCAUUUUUUUAAAGCAACACUUUGGUUAAGAACUGUGGAUGGAACGCCAAGAAAGACACUUUUUCAAGAAAAGACACUUUUCAAUAUGAUUUUCUUGUUACCGUAGCCUCGUCACGUGUGUCAAAUCUGUUCUAUUUAUUUGUACAACCAAGGAAAAAGUCACUUCUUCUUCUUCAGGUUCUUUCUCACCGUUGUCCUUGUCAUUUCCAAAUAUUCUGCUGCCAGUCUGUGUUUUUUUUUAAGACCUGGCACUGAAGGAAACAGAAUGAUUUAAUAAUCUAAUCAAGUUUCAAUCGAGCUCUCCACUAGUGCCGAAACAUUUAGUCAAUUUUCAACAAAUAAAGAAAAUUAAUCAACAGCUGAUUAAAUAGUCUGAAUUGACUGAAUGUUUGCAGCCUCUGGUUUCAGCUUCUCUAAUGUGAGAAUUUGCUGCUUUUCUCUUAUUUCUGUCGUUAAUAGAAUCUGUGAAAAAAAAAAAUUGUGACGGACAUUUUUCACAGUUUUCUGACAAAACUGUUAGUGAAACAAAUUCGGCAGUUCAUCCUUGACCUGGUUAACAGAACAAUCUCAAUUCAAGGUCCAACUAGGGCUGGGCGAUAUAGCCAAAACUGAUAUCACGAUACUAAAUGUCAUAACAUCAGUAAUUAUCAGGGUAAGGUUCAAUCCCAUUUCACCCCUACCCCUCCGUUUUGUGCGUUCAUAGAUUACCACAGCGGAAGACGGCAUAUUGGAGUUGUUUUCAAUCGUUAAAACUUGUCGCUUCUAUUAACUUCAGAGCUAUCGUCUACUACUGAUGACGUAACGGGUUCCUGAAUGGUUGUUCCAUUUCGUAGGAGAAUAUUUCAACCCCUUGGCCCUUGUAACUCUGUUUUAAGGGCCAAGGGCUACACUCGAAAACAAAAGGUGGGGGCAAGGGGUGAAAUGGGAUUGAGCCUACAUGUCAGUUCAGUAUUUCUUUCAAGGUUAAAGGCUGAUUUUUGCUCCUGAGUGAAAGUUGAAGAAAUCAGAUGGUUAAUUGUGGUUUUAAACUUUUCUUUGUGGUCAAAACAAACACUUGAUGGAUGAACAGUGGAUCAAACUAUUGUGAUAAAACCUUUUUUUUUAACGAACAUGCAGAUGUAAAAUCUUAAAUAAAUAUCUUAAUAGAAAGAUAUAAGUGCUAAUGUUUUGUGAUUCAAAUGCAUUAUAUCAAACAUUUAUUGCACAUUUGUUAUAUUAUUAUUGAGGAAAAUGAUAUCGCGAUAAUAAUGAUUAUUGUUUUAUUGCCCAGCCGUAGAUCCACCUGUUCUGCUGCUUUUGACCGUAUCCCAUGGUCUUCAUCAGCAGAUUCAGUUUGCUGGAGCUAUUCCAUGAUCUCCAUGAUUCAGAGAACCUCAAGGACUUAUCCAUGUUGACUUACACUCAGUCUGCUGAUGAGGACCAUGUGAUACGACUGAAAGCUCCAGUGAAAAAGUAGACUAAGAGUUGAGAUUAUUCUGCCAAAGAUUCAUCUAUUAAUUAAUGGAGUUAAAUGAUUAUUUUCAGCCGUUAUAUCCAUUUACCAACCAAACCUUAUCGAUCUUGCUGUGUUUCUGCUGUCCGAUGGACGUAAUUUCUACCAAAGCUUGCCAACUCCACAGAUGACCUUGUAUAAUGUUGACUCCACUGACUCUGUCAAAGCUUCUGGUUAGGUUCUGUCUCUGUGCUGCAUACUGUAUAAUGUGGUAGUAACACACCAGUGGUGAGUUUCGAAAACCUUUUUGUGACUGCAUACUUUUGUGAAAGAAGACUCUAAAUAAAAUGUAAAUAUUUGUACACA